UGCAAGCUCUGUCGACGAGGCAACAAGCAAGGCGGAGCAGCUAAAAAGUUGAAUACAAAGAAAAAGACAACGCUAACAAAAAGACUUGUCAAACAUUUUAUACUGAGUUACACAAAAACUGUGCCAACUUUAAAAAGUUUACUUUAAACUAUAGCAAACAAUUUCAAGUGCUGCUGCAGCAGAAAUAGAGUGAGGCGCAAUUUGUCUUGCUAGUUUUUCGUGAAAAAUCCAAAAAGGAAAUAUAAAAAAGCCAAGGAAAACCACAGCAGCGAAUAAAUAGAUUUUGAAAGAAGAAAAACUCAACGAAGUUGUCCAAAGGUUGAUUUAUCAGCAGAGCGAACGACUCAGCAACAUCAAUAACAAGUGCAAUAAAAUGAGUUUUUAUUAAUUGCGCGCACACAUACAAUUUAAAGCCGAGGAAACACGCACACAUUUGUGCGAUCUAGAAUUAACUAAAAUCGAUAUCGAUAGACAGUGUCGAUAAACUUUUGCAAUCAAAAUGCACAGUUUAGCGCGCGUUUUUAGCAAUUUGCAAGACUUCUACAAUGACAUCAAUGCGGCCACACUGACCGGAGCCAUCGAUGUGAUCGUUGUGGAGCAAAAGGACGGCGAGUUCCAAUGUUCGCCCUUCCAUGUGCGUUUCGGCAAGCUGGGCGUGCUGCGCAGUCGCGAGAAGGUGGUGGACAUUGAAAUCAAUGGCGUCCCCGUCGACAUACAAAUGAAGCUGGGCGACUCUGGGGAGGCGUUCUUUGUGGAGGAGUGCCCGGAUGAUGAUGAUGAGGAGUUGCCCGCCAAUUUGGCCACUUCACCCAUACCAAAGAGUUUUUUGCAGUCGCUGAACAAAGUCAACGACAGCCUGGAGGAAAUCCGCGGCGUGACAGCCGACAAAAGCGCUAGCGAUGAACUUCAAAUACCGUUGCCUUUGCCGCGUCGCAACUCAAUUGAUCUCUCCAAGGAGGAGCCCAAAGAAAUUGUUACAGAGGGUAGCAAGUUCGAGAAUCAGGCAUCGGACUACACGCACCGCAGGCACACGGAUAACAUCUUAGAGCGUCGUAAUUUGAGUGAGAAAAUCAAGGAGUAUACAACUCGAAAGAUGCGUCAGGAAUGGGCCGAGCAUGAGGAGUUAUUUCAAGAGAAGAAACAGCAGCCAGAGAAGGUUGAGAAAAUGCCAGAGCCAAAGUCAGAGUCGGAACCGCAACCAGCACCCGAGCCAGAGGUUGCUCAAACGCCGCCAUCAGCCAAAUCGGAGUUGCUGCUGAUACCACCAGCUGUGACAGUAGCCGCGGCAGCGCCAACUGUCAUCAGUGAGGCCAAUAAGGAUGAUGUCAAGAGCAAGACCAAGAAGCGCCGCAAGAAGUCGCAAAUGAAGAAGAAGAACACACAGCGCAAGACUUCCUCAAGCAGCUCUGCUGGCAGCGCCGCUGGCGGCGAUGCGGCCAAUGCAGAUGCCAUCUCGCUCAGCUCGUUGCAGGUCAGCAAUAUUGAUGAGACUGAUGUGGCGGCCAGUGUUUCCAUUGCCCAUACCAACUCCUCGUCAAAUGAUGAGCAGGCCUCGCCCGCACUCCUAACGGCACGCACAGGCAAUGAUAGUUCACUUAGCGAACUGGCGCAUACCGUCACGCCCACAAACGCGGCACGGCACGACCUGGACAUACACUUCUUUAGCGACACAGAGAUCACAACGCCCACGGGCAUUGGAGCUGGAGGCGCUGGACGCGGCGCCGGUCGUCCCUCGACGCCCAUACAGAGCGACAGCGAACUGGAAACGACCAUGCGCGAUAAGCGUCAUGGUGUCGAUGAUGAGAACAGCGCUCUCUGGAAUUGGGGUGAGCUGCCCACGCCGGAGCAGGCCAAGGGUGCGGUUAGCGCCGCGGAUGCACAGCAAAGCCAACGCCACUGGAUGUUGAGCAACAUGUUUAGCUUCAUGAAGCGGGCCAAUCGUUUGCGCAAAGAGGGCGCUAACGAAGCUGGCGAUAUCUAUCUAUCCGAUUUGGAUCUUGGCCGAAUGGAUCCCGAGAUGGCGGCUCUCUACUUUCCCAGUCCCAAGAACAAGGAGGGCAAGCAAACGAACAGCGGCGACGAGGAUCGCGAGAGUGGCAACGGCACCAGCCUGCCUCAUUCGCCCAGUUCGCUGGAGGAGAACCAAAAGAGCCUGGACUCGGACUAUGAUGAGAGCAAACAGCUGGCACCACAGGGCAAGAAAUAUUUGGACUUCGUGGCCAUGUCCAUGUGCGGCAUGCAGGAGAACGGUGCUCCGCCCAGAGAUGAGGAUUUCGAUCGGCAGCUGGUCACCUAUGCAGAUGUGUGCAAGAAUCCAAAUAUGUUUGCAUCACCGAACCUAGUUGUACGUCUAAAUGGCAAAUACUACACUUGGAUAGCUGCAUGUCCCAUUGUCAUGACAAUGAUAACAUUCCAGAAGCAACUAACCGAAGAUGCCAUCGAGCAGCUCAUUUCGCCAGCGGCACAAAUUGGGGGCGAUGACAAGCCCGAGGCCGUUCACCCAACGGACAAUGUUGGUCAAACCAAGCGUUCCUGGUGGAUUUGGCGACGAUCUCAGGAUGCAGUGCCUAGUCAGGUGAACGGUGCCGACAAGAAACAUCAGAAUUCCGCUGCGCUGGGCAAGGAUGAGAAAGAUGGCGAUCAGGCUGCAGUUAGCACGCAAACAUCGCGUCCUAAUUCCCCGGAUAUAAGCGAUCCCAUUCUCAGCAAGAGCGACUCGCUGGGCAAUGUCGAGAACACUUCCGCUCUGGUAGACAAUCUCGAGGAGCUGACCAUGGGCUCCAAUAAGAGCGAUGAGCCCAAAGAGCGCUACAAGAAAACGCUGCGCCUCAGCUCGGCGGCCAUUAAAAAACUAAACCUCAAAGAGGGCAUGAACGAAAUAGAGUUCAGUGUGACGACCGCUUAUCAGGGCACCACGCGCUGCAAGUGCUAUUUGUUCCGCUGGAAGCACAACGAUAAGGUUGUCAUUUCGGAUAUUGAUGGCACCAUUACCAAGUCGGAUGUGCUGGGCCACAUUCUGCCGAUGGUUGGCAAGGAUUGGGCGCAAUUGGGCGUGGCUCAGCUAUUCUCGAAAAUUGAACAGAAUGGUUAUAAGCUGCUCUAUCUAUCGGCACGUGCCAUUGGCCAGUCACGCGUGACACGCGAAUAUUUACGCUCCAUCAGGCAGGGCAAUGUCAUGCUGCCCGACGGCCCGUUGCUCUUGAAUCCCACUUCCUUGAUAUCCGCCUUUCAUCGAGAGGUCAUUGAAAAGAAACCGGAACAGUUUAAGAUCGCCUGUCUGUCAGAUAUACGCGACCUCUUCCCGGACAAGGAGCCCUUCUACGCCGGCUACGGCAAUCGCAUUAAUGAUGUGUGGGCCUAUCGCGCCGUCGGCAUACCCAUUAUGCGCAUUUUCACCAUCAACACGAAGGGCGAGCUAAAACACGAGUUGACCCAAACAUUCCAAUCUUCGUAUUGCAGCAUGACUUAUAUUGUGGAUCAAUUGUUUCCACCCGUCAAGCAUGACGAAGUUGCCAUCGAAUUCUCCAAUUUCAACUACUGGCGUGAUCCCAUACCGGAUUUGCCGGAACUGGAGACGGCGCAGGUGCCGCCAAACAAACUAGACACAGCCACACUGAGACCCAUUCCAGAGAAAUGAAUAAUCCAUAACCAAACGCAACUACACUUAUAUUAUAUAUACAUAUAUAUAUUAUAUAUACAUAUAUAUAUAUUUAUACAAUAUUACUAUUGACUAUUAGAGUGAAGCUUCUGUCGUGUUAUAUUUCGUAAACAUUAUGUUCAUUUCGCAUACAAACUCGUUCAAGCGCUGUUCAAAUUUCCAAAAAGAUAGCAAAGAAAGAGGAAAAAACAAGUUGAUCACAAUUGAAAUUCAUAAAUACAUCAAGCCUAUGUAUACUAUAAUUAAAUUAUAUAUUAAGUUCUGUGUCAACAAGCAGAAAAAGUGAUUUAGCCUUGAAUUUGUAACAUUGCAUACAAAUUAUUUAGUUAAUUGAUUUGUAUUUGAUUCGAAAUAAGUGAAUUUAUUUGCAAAGGUUUUAUUUAUUUCCUAUAUGCCUUUUUGUUUCUUUUAUCUGCAUUGAAUGAUAAUAAAAUGAAAAUCAAUUGUAAACUGAAAUUCCUGAGCUACUAUAUUGAAAUCUUGUGAUUUAUAAUUUAAACUUAACUACGUCUAUUUUUAUAAUUAUUAUAAUUUUGUGAUCAUCAGUUAAUGAUAAUAUUUUGUGCUUAUGAUUUAGUUUACGCUGGGCCUAAACAAAUGCUUAAAUAUAUAAUAAUAAACGCUGCUUAGCCCCAAAAAUAUAAAUAUUACAACAAAAAGAACGAAUAUAUAAUGUUUCAAUAAAAAAUCAAAUGCUUUAAAACAA